AUGUUAAGAUUGAGCAAGAAGGCGUUUUAUAGCUUACGUCGAUUGAUAGAAGAUAGAGGCUUUCUGUCUCAUAGCAAAUCAGUGCAAGUGGAAGAACAAUUGGUCAUAUUUUUACACACAAUUGCCCAUAAUGUUAAGAACCGAAUGAUAAAGAAUAAUUUUGGACACUCUAGUGAGACUAUCAGUCGGUACUUUAACAAACGGGUUCCAAUUGAGAAUCAUUGUAGAUUUCGUGAUAGGAAGGGAAAUAUAUCUCAAAAUAUUCUAGCUGCAUGCGAUCAUGACACCAGGUUUACAAAUAUACUAUCUGGUUGGGAAGGAUCAACAGUAGAUUCUAGAAUAUUAGAUGAAGCUAUUCAUAGACAUGGUAAAACAAAGUUAGUGGUACCUCUAGGUAAGUAUUAUCUUGUUGAUGUUGGGUUUGCCAACAAAAAGGGGUUCUUGAGACCGUACUGCAAUGUUUGGUAUCAUUUGAAGGAGUGGAAAAAUUCUAACUUGUCAUCAGCUGAUAAAAAAGAAUUGUUUAACCUGCGACAUAUUAAGUUGCGUUCCAUAAUUGAACGGGCUUUUGGUCUAUUAAAGUCAAGAUUCAAGAUAUUGAAGAGUCGGUCAGAAUUUCCAUAUAAGACUCAAGUCAAAAUUGUGCUAGCAUGUGUUCUCUUACACAACCAUAUCCUUACACAAAAUAGUGUUGAAGAAGAAGAGGAGUGGGUAGCUCAAGAUGCAAGAAAUGCAGGACCUAGUUCCAAUGGUCAAUUCUCCCAAGGAGAAACAGAUGAGGAAAAUGAAGUUGAAGAUGAUGGUGAUACAGUUGACCAAUUCAGAGAUGAAAUUGCAGACAUGAUGUGGGCUGCCUGGAUGACAGUUGACAUGAAUGCUGAAGAUAUUGCUGAAGAUUCUCUUGAUGAAUACUCUGAUUGA